AAAGAAGAUGGAAAGAAAGAAAGAAAGAAAGAAAGAAAGAAAGAAAGAAAGAAAGAAAGAAAGAUAAAGAAAGAAAGAAAGAAAGAAAGAAAGAAAAAAGAAAGAAAGAAAGAAAGAAAGAAAGAAAGAAAGAAAGAAAGAAAGAAUCUAGAAAGAAAGAAAGAAAGAAAGAAAGAAAGAAAGAAAGAAAGAAAGAAAGAAAGAUUUUUGAAAGAAAGAAAGAAAGAAAGAAAGAAAGAAAGAAAGAAAGAAAGAAAGAAAGAUGUUUGA